AUGGUUUCUCAAUCACUUGCGCUGCUGUUGUCCGGCUUCGCGCCAUGCAUCUCGGCACUCAGCCAUCAGCUUCUAGUUGGAACGUUCGGAACACCAUACAUCUACACUCUUACCUUCGAAGAUGCCGCCAAGACACUGGUUCUGAGCGCGAACACCUCAGUGAAUACCAGCAGCUCAUGGAUUGCCUUGAGUUACGACAAGCAAAACCUGUAUGGCAACUCUUUUGAAGACAGCGGCAACAGCCAAUACGUCAGCUAUGCAAUUGAAGACGAUCUCUCCAUUGGCGCUGGAACGAUCAUCACGGCCGGCGGAGACUGCACCGAGCGCUCCAUCUUCGUGACUCCUUCGACCGUAUCUCCGUAUGCUGUUUACGGAACACCGUUCGGCGCGUGCGGAACAGUCAUGUCAGUGACAGAUGGAGUUCUCACGGAGUCAAUCCAAGAAUACAACUACUCGACGUCUUCCGGUGUUCACGGCCUUGCGUUCAACCCCGCCGGAACCAUGAUAUACUCAUUCGACGACACCGGCAACGCCAUCUGGGUCCACUCCAUUGACAACUCCACUGGAGAGCUUACGUACGUUGCGGAUGUGGCUGCUCCCGUAGAAGGAGCCGAUCCAAGGCACGGUGCUGUUCAUCCGGCGGGCGGCUACCUUUAUGCUGUGCAUGAGGGAACCAACGAAGUCGGCGUUUACUCCAUCGAUCAGGCAACUGGUAUUCCCAGCUAUGCCAAUGCUUCAUUUUCUCUCAUCCCAGAAGGUGCCAACAGCUCUGACUACUGGUCAGAUGAGGUCGCGAUUGCCUACGGAUCCAAGUUCCUGUGGGCGACAUCGCGAGCCCGCGACGCCAACAACACUGGCUAUAUCUCAAUCAUGUCGUUGAAUGACGACGGCUCUGUGGAGAAGCAGAACUUCCUGUCGCCCACAACCACGAGUGGAGGGUCAGCGAACGCCAUCACCGCGAACAGCUUCAGCGACAUCUCUACGGGAUUUGUUGAGAUUUGGGAGAUGGGCGACGGUGGCGCAUCUGCAAGUGCGGUUGCUCACCUUGAUUUGAAUGAUGGAGGGUGCUGCGGAAAUGCAGUCUGGUUGAAUUAG